AUGAAGUCUGCGCAGAAAGAAAUGGAUAUUGCAGCGGCUGACUCUGGACCUUUCGUCGAAGAAGGCAACUCUACUAGGGCGACGCGCGCAGCGACGAAGCAAUUAGCAACCGGGCUGGCAGAGCUGUUCGCGAAGGUGGCUUAUCAUGAUGACCUCCUCCUCGAAGGGGAGAGUUUUUUUCAGGCGACCAGUGCGUGCUUGGAAGCGUCCCAAGCGUUCCGGCUGUUCCGUGCGGAUGUGAGGAACGAAGAAAUGCGGAGACACAUGAGUUUUGGAUUGCUCAAAGUGAAGCGCGAGGCAGUUGAGGCGAUCCGUAUGGCGGCCUGUACCACACUGCUUUUUUGCGAGGUCGCAGAGCUAAAGACACAAGCGAAAGAAGUUGACGCGAAACUUCAGAGCUUAAAAGCAUUGGAUAACCAGUCGCCAGGUUCAAACGGCCUGCUGGACAGUGUCAAGCGACUCGCAGGCAGGAAAAAAGAAACACUAGAGGAUCUUUCGAGGAAGAAGGAUGCGAUAGAGAACACAUUGACAAACCUGCUUUCCCCCUCCGCUUCGCAGACGCCGAGCGUGACGAGUUGGGCCGAAUCGUCCAAACUGCUAGAAGUCCGAGCCGCAUUCAAUUCGGCGUUUCUAGAGGACAGGGACCUGUUGCACAAAAUCCCACCCUUUGAAGGUAGUAGAGAUGAUUCAACACAUUUUUGUUCUAUCUUAUAA